AGGGGUUAGAGAGGGUGGAAUAAAUUAAUACUCAACUUGUGGUGCUAUUUGAUAUGAAAAAUGUUUUUCCUCAAUUAACUGAACAUAUAUUUGCGAUGAGCCUAAAAUAGACAAUAGCACGCAAGAACCGAUGAAUUGUACAAAUCACACAGCAUAUGUUCAGUGUUUACCAGCACCAAAUAUUAGUUGCAAAGAUCACCUUGGCAUAGAAAAAGUCUUUACUGGAAAUGAAGUUGGAUUUUACAAGCCUAUCGCGUGUCGUAACGUAAAUGGAUACUCCUACAAAGUGGCAGUGGCUCUCUCUUUGUUUCUUGGAUGGCUGGGAGCAGAUAGAUUUUAUCUAGGCUAUCCUGCCUUAGGUUUGCUCAAGUUCUGCACUGUAGGAUUCUGUGGAAUUGGUAGCCUAAUUGAUUUCAUACUCAUCUCAAUGCAGAUUGUUGGACCUUCUGAUGGCUCUAGUUAUAUUAUAGAUUACUAUGGAGCAAGGCUUACAAGACUCACUAUUACCAAUGCAACAUUCAGAAAAAUGCAGACAUAUCCUUAACCCUGGCAGUAAGUGUCACGUAUACACAGGUGCAUUCUGAUUUUACAGAUGGAUCCAGUCGUCCACUGAUGAUACACAACUGAUGACUAAUUAAUCACACUUCAUCAGAACGGUGUAUUAAAUGUUGUACAUUGAACGAAGAUGAUAAAAUACGAAAAUUCAUCAAGAGAAUGAAUUUACCUCAAAGGUGCCAAGUGUCUUUGUGACUGCUCUAUUUCUGUGAGCACAUAGUUUGCUGCUAAGUGGUAUCAUUUGUGAGGUAUGCAGACAGUUGUAAUUUGCACUGCUGAUAUUUGGCAUCU